GCGGAUGACACAUCUGCCCGCGGAGUUCACCCUGGGUAGCCCACUGAGAUUUCUGGCAUAGCAUCUGAGUGUUCAACAUUCCUGUGACGAAGAGCGUAGGGCAGAGCAGUAAGCAGCGGAGAUUCGAGUCAUCCGAAGAGAGCAAGCAAGCAGGCACGGUCCAAGACAGGCGCUAGUGUAGGACAUAUAGAUUAAAACGCAAGGGAGAGAUCUUACUGACAGCGUCGCUGUAUCAUCACAUUCGUAUUUAGUUCACUCAAGCGGAGCUUACGUCGGGUCGUUCGUAUAGAACCAAGCGAGCGCAUAUCACUCUGUUGAUCAUCACUGCUUAGAGCAUUGCUAGUACUGUACAUUCUCUGCACUGUGUGGUCAGUUCUCAUUAUAAAAAUGGCAUCAGACAGCGACAACAAGGAGCAGACAGAGCAGAAGCCAGCCGCACCCCCGGCAGAACAAAAUGGCCAGGAUGCCCCAGUGAAGACCGAGGGCAACGUGGAGAAGAACGAAGCCAACAACACCACGGCCGCCGAGGAGAAGAAGGAGAACGGGGAAACUUCGACCAAGAUCGAAGAUGCUGCCGCUGAGACGAAUGGCACCGAGAAAAAAGACGGAGAAGCCGUGAAGGAGAAGGAGGAAAAAGUCGAGGAGCCCGCCAAGCCGACGGUCCGUCAUGUGUUUCUUCACGGAAAGCACAAGUUGAAGAUCAGACAAAAGGAAUACGAGGUCACUCCCCCGGCCAAGCAUGUCCAGGUCCGCGUCAAAGUUGUCGGUGUUAACUUCAAUGAUUUGAUGGCCAAAUGCGGCCUCUACAAGCCCCAUCUCAAGCUGCCCACACCUCUGGGCUGGGAGGCAACUGGAGUUAUCGAGGCAGUCGGGGAAGAAGUAGACGAUUUCAAGGUCGGCGACAGGGUCAUCUGUUACAAGGAAUUCGGACUGUGGACGGAGCUUGCCAAUGUCCCGGCUGACCAGUGUUUCCUGAUGCCCGAGGAGAUGAGUUUUGAGGAGGGCGCCGCCAUUCCAGUCAACUAUAUCACAGCCUACCUGAUGCUGUUCGAGUUCGGCAAUCUGAGGUCCGGCAAGAGCGUGCUGAUCCAUAUGGCCGCCGGAGGCGUUGGAAUCGCCACCACACAGCUGGCCAUGACAGUGCCUGACGUGACAAUUUUCGGCACAGCGUCUGCCCACAAGCAUGAGACCAUUAAAGAGAACGGCGUCACACACCCAAUUGACUACAGGUCCAAAGACUAUGUUGAGGAGAUCUUGAAGGAGUCGCCAAAAGGUGUCGAUAUCGUCUUGGAUCCGCUGUCGGGCAAUGACUCAGCCAAGGGCUUCGGACUGCUGAAACCAUUGGGGAAAAUCAUCCAUUACGGUACAGCCAACGCAGUCCAAGGCGAGGGAAGAAAUCUUCUGAAGGUCGCCAAAACCUGGUGGCAGUCAAGCAGCAUCAGCCCAACACACCUGAUGGCCCAGAACAAGAGCGUGUGCGGGUUCCACCUGGGACACUUGUUCAGCGAGAAGGAGCUGCUUCGGGAGACCAUGGGGCAGUUGAUGCAGCUGUUCAAAGACGGCAAGAUUAAGCCGAAGAUUGACUCUGUGUGGCCUUUUGAACAGGCAGCCAAUGCCAUGUCCCGUAUGCACGAGAGGAAGAACGUGGGCAAGGUGCUGAUGUCCCCGGAGAAAGCUGCUGACGAGAAAGUCGAGGUGGACGACACGAUUGCCGAGGAGCAACAGAAACAGGAGGAAGAGAAAAAGGAAGACAAGAAGGAAGAAAAGAAGGAGGCGGAGGAGGAGAAGAAGGAUGGCGAGGAGAAGCCAGAGGAAAAGAAAGAAGAGGCAGCCGAGGGUGAGGCUAAAGAAGAUGCCGCCGAAGCGCCCGCAGCUGAAGCAGAAAAACCAGCAGAAGAAGCACCCGCCGCGACGGAGGAGAGUAAAUAGAGUCAUAACACUGAAAAUAUUUCAAAAGACUAAAAGUUAUUCACUUGGGGAAAAAUACUACUUCAGACUAUGAAAGAGUUAUCCACGUCGGGACCCAAUCAGAGGCUUAUGUAAUGAUGAAUUCGUGUAUAUGAUGUCACGUCUCUUAUAUGACGUCAUGAAGGCCACAUAUGACGUCAUGAAGACCACAAGUAUAUGACAAAGCAUGUCGUUUUGAAGAAAAAAAAUCAAUGUAUAUGUAUAUCAGUAUCGCUAGUAGUUAGCUCAGUGACUGAGAGAUGAACUAAUGUUGCGCAUCGUUGAAGAUAAUGUGCAUUUCAUCAAAUUUGGUUUAUCAGUAAAUAUGAAAAAGCAAAAAAAAAAAAAGAAA